GUUUUUUUAACUAUAAGCAUGACGGCGGAUUCGGCGGCUUUGGAAGCGACCGUCCGUAAGGGACUAGACGCUGGAAAGGUUGCCGUUGUGACGUCAGGAGGGACGUGCGUCCCACUGGAUGGAUUCGGAGUGAGAACCAUGGACAACUUCUCCACAGGGAGAAGGGGCUCACGUAUCGCAGAGGAACUGCUUCGUAGGGGAUACUACGUUAUCUUCAUAUACAGAACUGGCAGCCAUUUGCCAUUCCUCAGGGCUAUAUCGGAAUGCGGUGGAGCACUUGGUCUUCUAGAUGCCAUGCACCUAGAUGACGAUGGACAGAUAAAAUUUGUACCUCCCGAGGAAAGGAUGCCACAGAUAACUAGGGCUGUUAAGGAUUACCAUAAGUACAAGAGCAAACUCUUUACAAUCGCAUUUAAGCUAGUUUCUGAAUAUACCAAUGCACUGGACAUGGUAUGUAGGAUAAUUCAUGCCAACCCAAGUGCUGCCAUGUUCUUCCUGGCAGCUGCAGUCUCGGACUUUAAGGUAGCAGAUGAUAUGCUGCCGAGGAAUAAAGUAUCCUCUGGGAGUGAUAUGACCCUGUACUUUACCAGGAUGGAUAAAGUGAGAAACAUUGUGAGGGACAUCCUGGGAAACAAGCCUGUACUGUGCUGCUUCAAGUUGGAAACAGAUGAGUCCAUUGCAGUGCAAAAGGCGAAGACACUACUCCAGGGGCCAACAUAUGCCGAUGCAGUGGUGCUCAACAUGCUAGACCAAAGGUACAAUACAGUCGAGCUGAUAUUUGCACAGGGCGAUUCCAUACGCCUGGAAGCUAAGAACGGCGAUAUAGAUGAAGGCAUUGUAGAUCUCCUGUUAGAGCUACAUGAGCGCAAAAAGAAUAUGUUACAUAAGGAAUAAUAUCUGUUAUAGUGCAUGGGACAUAAUUUUUAUAGC